ACAUGAGAAGGAAUAAGCAAUAGCUCAGCAUGAUACAAUGAAAUCAGAGCCACAGAGCGAGAACGCAGCCUGCCAUCCAAUGAAUCCCAGGCAGGAUUGGGAAGAAGUGACUAUUCGGAGGCACAGAGCACAGUCCCUGGGCUGUAAGGAUACCCUGUCCAUGGAGUGAAGGGGUGGUGGAGCAGAGUGUGACGUCACCAAGAGCCUUGUCCCAGUGGUGGCUGCAGGAGAGGCAGGCACAGGGAGAACCACUCUCUGCUACUGCAGCUCCUCAACUUCAAUCACUUGUGCUCUGUUGAGACAUGUCCUGACAACUUGGAUUUCUUCCCUUCCUUGGAUAUUCCUUUUGCUUUAUUUCUUACCCUUCUUCCUCUCUGGGCUGCUCUUCUCUUACCCUCCAUGUGUUUAAGGUCCAGAGAUUGAGGAUAUUUGGUUUGCUGGUGAUGCUCAGACUGGCUUGUGGAUUUGCUGACUGUAUACUGUGCACUUUUCCUUGGGGCUAUGCAAAGAAAGGAACUGCAAGAGACAAAAGUUCUCACUUGGUAGAAGGUCCAUUUGCAGAAGCUGAUGGGUUAUCCAUAAAAUAACCGUAGACGAUAAAUAAAAGAGCCAGCUGGUCUGGUGAUUUUGUGAACUUCGUCCAUCAUGGGGAGAUACUUGACCUCGCUACUCUUAUUGAUGUUACUGCAACAUUUUGGUGACUGUGAUGAAAGCCAUGGACUGCAUUUUUCCGCAUUAUUUCAGUUUACUCAGCAUCAGUACAAUGCCACUAUCUAUGAAAACUCAGCUGCAAAGACAUAUGUUGGCCACCCUAAACAAAUGGGUAUUUAUCUUAAAAACCCAAACUGGGACAUAAAAUAUAAAAUAGUCUCUGGGGACAAUGAGAACCUUUUUAAAGCAGAAGAGUACGUCUUAGGGGAUUUUUGUUUUCUGAGGAUACGUACCAAGGGUGGUAACACAGCAAUUCUUAAUAGAGAGGUAAGGGACCACUACUUCCUUUCUGUCAAGGCAGUGGAGAAGAGCUCGUAUGCUGAAGCACGCACAAGAGUUAGAGUUCAGGUACUAGACACAAAUGACUUAAGGCCGCUGUUUUCACCAACUUUGUACAGUGUUUCUUUGCCCGAAAACACAGCAAUAAGGAGCAGCAUUGCUAAAGUUAGUGCAACAGAUGCUGACAUUGGAACCAAUGGGAUGUUUUAUUACAGCUUUAAAGAGAGAACUGAUAUGUUUGCUAUUCAUCCAACUAGCGGUGCUAUUAUACUAACUGGCAAGCUUGACUAUUCAGAGACCAAGCAGUAUGACAUGGAAAUUCUUGCAGUAGACCGAGGGAUGAAGUUAUAUGGAAGCAGUGGAAUUAGCAGUAUGGCUAGACUAGUUAUUCACGUGGAACAAGCUAAUUUACAUGCCCCUGUCAUCUCUACUGUUGCCCUCACUCCCUCUGAACUUGAUAAAGAUUUGACAUAUGCAAUUGUAACUGUGGAUGACCAGGAUGAAGGAACCAAUGGAGAAAUUGCUUCCUUAAGCAUUAUAGCAGGGGACUCUCUACAGUACUUCAGGACUAACAGGACUUCUCCAGGAAGUAAAGAAUAUAAGAUUGUAUCUGUAAGAGAUAUUGAUUGGGAUGCCCACCCGUUUGGUUUCAACUUGACCCUACAAGCUAAAGACAAGGGCUCUCCACCACAGUUUUCACACCCGAAUGUCAUCCACAUCAAAUCUUCACAAUUUAAACACGGUCCAGUAAAGUUUGAAAAAGAGGUUUACAGGGCUGAAGUAAAUGAAUUUGCUCCUCCCAAUACACCCAUUGUUAUGGUGAAAGCUAUUCCAAGUCACCCACAUUUAAGAUAUGCCUUUAGACAUACAACAGACAAAAACAGAUUUACUUUAAACCCCAACACUGGCCUUAUUGCAACUUUAGUCCCAUUAAAAGCAAAAUAUUCUACCCACAUUGAAUUGGAUAUUAUGACAAGUGAUAAAAAAGCUUCCACAAAAGUGAUCAUCAAAGUGCUUGGUAUGAAUAGCAAUGCCCCCGAGUUCACUCAGACCUCCUAUAAAGCUGUGGUCGAUGAAAAUGUGCCUAUAGGUAGUCAUGUGCUUACUGUCAGCGCCAUUGAUCAUGACGAAGGAGAGAAUGGAUAUGUCACCUACAGCAUAGCCAAUGUAAAUCCUGUACCCUUCGUCAUUGAUAGCUUUUCAGGAGUGAUCAGCACGGCAGAAGAAUUAGAUUAUGAGCUAAUGCCAAGAGUCUAUACAUUAAAGAUUAGAUCAUCAGACUGGGGUCUGCCUUAUCGAAGAGAAGUUGAAACCCCUAUAACAGUGACGUUAAAUAAUCUAAAUGACAAUAUACCAUUGUUUGAGAAGAUAAACUGUGAAAGUUCAGUCCCUAAAGAUCUUGGCAUUGGAGAACAAAUAACCACUGUUUCUGCUAUUGAUGCUGAUGAGCUUCAGUUGGUGACAUACCAAAUAGAAUCUGGAAAUGAGUUAAAUUUAUUUACACUGAACCCCAAUUCUGGUGUUCUGUCUUUGAAACAGUCUCUUUCAGAAGGCCCUGGAGCAAAAGUCUCCUUUCAUAGUUUGAGGAUUACAGCUACGGAUGGUGAACACUUGGCCAAAUCAAUUUAUAUUAAUAUUACUGUAACUUCUAGCCGGAAGGCCGUUCACUUAAAUUGCGAGGAAACUGGAGUUGCCAAGAUGCUCGCUGAGAAACUACUACAAGCCAACAAGUUGUUUAAUCGUGGAUCACUAGAGGAAGCAUACUAUGACACCCACUUUGCAAACACUCAUGCCCCUCAAUUUAAAAGUACACUUCCUAGCAGGAUUGUUGUCAAGGAGAAUGUAGCUGUGGGAACAAAUAUAAUACAUAUGGAAGCAAAUGACCUUGACACUGGUUUCAAUGGCAAGUUGGUGUAUGCUAUUUCUGGAGGGAACGAUGAUAGCUGUUUCACAAUAGAUAUGGAUAAUGGUUGGAUACAAAUUCUUUCUCCACUUGACAGGGAGCUGAAAGACGUAUACACUUUGAAUAUCACAGCCUAUGACCUUGGAAUACCACAAAAAUCUACCUGGCACCUUUUAGACAUCGGAGUGCUUGAUGCCAAUGACAAUGCACCAGAGUUUCUACAAGAGAGCUACAAUGUUGAGGUCAAGGAAAAUGAGGAAGGAAAUCAAGUACUUAUUAAAAUAGAAGCGACUGACCGAGAUCUGGGAACUAAUGGUGAAGUAAGAUACUCCAUUCUUACAGACACUAAUAUAUUUACAAUAGACAGUGUGACAGGAAUAGUAAAAACACUUACUCCUCUAGACAGAGAAAAGCAGCAUAUGCAUUUAUUAAAGAUUGAAGCCAGACACCAAGCAGACAUUGAACCCCAAUUAUUUUCUACUGUCUUUCUAAAAAUAGUAGUUAUAGAUGUAAAUGACAAUGCCCCAAUGUUUAUUCCAUCCAACUACCACGUUAAAGUUCGAGAAGACCUUCCUGUAGGAACCCUCGUGACUUGGAUAGAUGCCUAUGAUCCCGAUGUGGGGCUUGCCAGUCAAGUUCGAUAUAACUUUUUGGAAAAUGGUGAUGGAAAAUUUGAGGUAGAUAAACUAAGUGGAGCAGUAAGGAUAAUACAAGAGUUAGAUUAUGAAGAAAAACAAGUUUACAAUCUGACUGCCCGGGCCAAGGACAGAGGAAAACCAAUUUCUCUGUCAUCAACUUGUUACAUCACUAUUGAAGUUGUUGAUGUGAAUGAAAACCUGCACACACCUUUGUUCUCAAAUUUUGUCAGCAAAGCAGUGAUCAGAGAAGAUGUCCCAAUAGGAACACCUGUGAUGACAGUGUCCGCUCAUGAUGAGGAUUCAGGACGGGAUGGUGAAAUUAGAUACUCCAUAAGGGAUGGAUCUGGGGUUGGAGUCUUUACCAUUCAUGAAGAAAAAGGUAUUAUACGGACCGCAGAUAAUCUUGACCGUGAAACAACUUCUCAUUACUGGCUUACUGUUUAUGCCACCGAUCGCGGAGUUGUUCCCCUAUCAUCUUUUAUUGAGAUAUACAUUGAAAUUGAAGAUGUCAACGAUAAUGCGCCACAAACCUCGGAACCUGUGUAUUACCCAGAGGUCAUGGAAAACUCACCAAAGGAUUUAUCUGUUGUGCAGAUUGUUGCUUUUGAUCCUGACUCCGGUUUUAAUGACAAGUUGACUUAUAAGAUUUCAAGUGGUAACCCACAGGGAUUCUUUACUAUCAAUCCAAAGACAGGUUUGAUAACCACAACAUCAAGAAAGCUAGACCGGGAACAACAAGCAGAGCACGUACUCGAGGUGACUAUCACGGACAAUGGAUACCUUCCAAAGUCUACAGUUUGUCGGGUCAUAGUCAGGGUUCUGGAUGAGAAUGACAACAAACCCACUUUUCUACAAAAAUUUUACAAGAUCCAAUUUCCAGAGAAAGAAAAGACUGAGCGGGAAAAAAUCACCAAGAGGGAUCCCAUCUACAGAGUAAUUGCUGUAGAUAAGGAUGACGGGCCAAAUGCUGAAAUUUCCUAUAGCAUUGAGGAUGGAGAUGAACAUGGCAAAUUCUUCAUUGAACCUAAAACUGGGGUGGUGUCAUCGAAGAAGUUUUCUGGAGCAGGAGAAUAUGAUAUUCUUACAAUUAAAGCUGUUGAUAAUGGGAGACCUCAGAAGUCAUCCACUACUCGGCUGCAUAUAGAAUGGAUUUCAAAACCAGCACCUUUAAUGGAACCAAUUACCUUUGACGAAGAGGAUUACACCUUCACCGUGAUGGAAAGUGAUCCUGUUGCUCAUAUGAUUGGCGUGAUAACUGCACAACCUGUGGGUUCUCCAUUGUGGUUUGACAUUACCGGAGAUGACCAAUCUAAUGAAGUAUUUUACAUCCUUCAGAUGGCUUGUGACCCGAGCUGUGUAGCAGAAGGUGGAAACUCCGACAACAGGUUUGAUGUGGACAAGGGCACUGGAACCAUCAUUGUUGCAAGACCUCUCGAUGCAGAACAGAAAUCUAAUUACAACUUGACAGUGGAGGCAACAGAUGGGACAAGAUCUAUCAGCACACAGGUGUAUAUUAAAGUAAUAGAUACAAAUGACCAUCGGCCGCAGUUUUCUACCUCAAAGUACGAAGUUUUGAUUCCUGAAGAUAUCAGAACAGAAACUGAGAUUUUGCAGGUGAUAGCUACAGACAAGGAUGAAAAGAAUAAACUGAUUUACACUUUGCAAAGCAGCACAGACCCGGCAAGUCUUAAGAAGUUCCGGAUAGAUCCAGCUACUGGCUCCUUGUAUGUUAUUGAAAAGUUGGAUCAUGAAGCUGCACAACAGCAUAUCCUCACUGUGAUGGUACGUGAUCAGGAUGUCCCCGUCAUGCGCAACUUUGCCAGAAUUGUUAUUAAUGUGACCGACACCAAUGACCAUGCACCUUGGUUUACAAGCUCUUUCUAUGAAGGCCGAGUGUAUGAAUCUGCAGCAAUUGGAUCUGCUAUACUCCUGGUCACAGCUUUGGACAAAGACAAAGGGAAGAACGCUGAGGUUAUUUACUCUAUCGAGUCAGGGAACACAGCAAAUGCUUUUUCGAUUGAUCCAGUUUUAGGAAUUAUUAAGACAGCAAAAGAGCUUGAUCGACACAAUCAUGGUCAAUAUGAGUUGGUGAUCAAAGCUUCAGAUCAUGGAACGCCUACAAUGAGCCAGAUAACAUCCGUACAUAUUCUUGUCACUGUGUCCGAUAAUGCAGCCCCUAAAUUUAUGAAGAAAGAGUAUUCAGCAGAGAUAAGCGAAUCAGCACGAAUUGGAAGCUUUGUUGCAAUGCUGUCCACUUACAGCCAGUCUUCCGUUACAUAUGAAAUAAAGAGUGGAAAUGUUAUGAACGCCUUUGAGAUUAAUCCAAAUUCUGCUGUGGUCAUAACUCAGAAGAAUCUUGAUUUUGAAACAGUUGCAACUUUUACUCUCACUGUUCAAGCAACAAACAUGGCUGGCCUGUCAACAAAUGCAACUCUUGUUGUUCACAUUCGGGACGAAAAUGACAAUUUCCCUGUUUUUGUGCAAACAGACUAUAGAGGACUCAUCAGUGAAUCUGCACCAACCAACAGUGUGAUCUUAACUGAUCAAAACUUCCCUCUGGUUAUUAGGGCUACUGAUGCGGACAGAGGAUCCAAUGCUUUACUUGUGUAUCAAAUUGUCGAACCAUCAGUUCACAAGUAUUUUGCCAUUGAUUCCAGCACUGGUGCAAUACGAUCUCUAGUCAGUUUAGAUUAUGAACAAACAAAUAUAUUUCACUUCACUGUGCAAGUACAUGAUAUGGGCUAUCCCAGGUUAUUUGCCGAACAUGCGGCUAAUGUGACCAUAUAUGUUGUAGACAUCAACGAUUGUGCUCCAGUGUUUUCUCAAGAGGUCUAUGAAGCUUCCAUUCUAAUACCAACUUAUAAAGGAGUUAGGGUUAUAACAGUGAAUGCAACAGAUGAUGAUUCUGGACCUUUUUCUGAAAUCAUGUAUUCAAUAGUUGAAGGUAACAUCGGAGAUAAAUUUGCUAUUGACCAUUUAUCAGGAGUCAUAACUGUCCAAAGCACAAGCCCAUUAAGGAGCCGAUAUGAACUAGCCAUUCGAGCUUCUGACUCACGCUUCUCUAGCCUUGCAUAUGUGAAAAUAAAUGUAAAGGAAAGCAAAGAAAGUUCACUGAAAUUCACUCAGCGCUCUUACUCUGCGGUAGUACAAGAAAAUGCCACCCAGAUAAAAACAUUAACUGUUAUUAGUGCACUUGGCAGUCGUCUCAACGAACCUAUGUUUUUCCGCAUUCUCAACCCAGACACCCGGUUUAAAAUUGGCCAUACAUCUGGUGUCCUUUCAACUACAGGAAUACCUUUCGAUCGGGAGCAACAGGAUUUGUAUGAGAUAGUUGUCGAAGUGUCAGAUGAACACAAACCACCUAGAGUUUCACACGUUUUGGUUAAAGUAACUGUAGAAGACAUAAAUGACAACAGCCCUGUGUUCGUCAACCUUCCGUAUUACGCCAUGGUUCCUUUGGAUGCUGAAGUUGGCGAUGUAAUUCGCUAUGUUACUGCAAUUGAUAAAGACAUUAAUAAAAAUGGGGAAAUACAUUACUAUCUAAAAGAGCAUUCACAAAAUUUCCAAAUUGGUCUAUCGGGUGCAAUCUCAUUAAAAAGGCCAUUUGACCCUGAUGCAUUCAAUAAAGAAUAUUUAAUAACCGUAGUAGCAAAAGAUGGCGGAAGCCCCUCACAUUCAGCAGAGGUUGUUGUCCCAAUUACAGUAAUGAACAAAGCAAUGCCAGUGUUUGAGAAGCCUUUUUACAGUGCAGUGAUUGCCGAAAAUGCUCAGCUCCACAGCCCUGUUGUUCAUGUGCAAGCCAACAGCCCAGAAGGCCUUCGAGUAAUAUACAGCAUCACAGAUGGUGAUCCAUUCAGUCAGUUUAAUAUUAACUUCAACACAGGUGUAAUUAAUGUUAUAGCUCCCCUUGAUUUUGAGUCCCAUCCAGCCUAUAAACUCAGAGUUCGAGCCACAGACUCCGUCACUGGAGCACAUGCAGAAGUUUUCGUCGAUAUCAUCUUGGAAGAUGUCAAUGAUAAUUCACCUGUGUUUCAACAGAAAACGUAUGUUGUCACCUUGUCGGAGGCAUCGGUAAUUGGAACAUCUGUUGUACAAGUAAAGGCCACGGAUGCAGAUUCUGGACAAAAUAAAGCCAUUUCAUAUCACGUUGUAAGUAACCAUGGAAACAGUUCCCAGUUUUUCCAUAUUGAUAGCAACAGUGGACUCAUAAUUAUUGCUAAACCAUUGGAUUAUGAAUAUUUACAUGAAUAUAGCUUCCUAGUACGAGCAGUCGACAGUGGGGUCCCUACUCUAAGCAGUGAUGCAACAGUACAUGUUUUGGUAACAGAUCUUAAUGAUAACCCUCCAGUAUUCACCCAACAAUUAUAUGAAGCCAAAAUAAGUGAAUAUUCAAGACAGGGAAGCAUUGUAACAAGUAUAAAAGCUACAGAUCCUGACAGUACAGAUACGGAAAAGUUGGAAUAUUCAAUUCUUUCUGGAAAUGAAGAUUUGAAUUUUAUUAUUGACUCGAAAACUGGAAUAAUUACUGUUUCCCAUCUAAAGAAGGAAAUAAUGAAACCAUUCUACAUCCUCAAUGUUUCCAUUUCUGAUGGUGUUUUUAGAAGUUCUGCUCAGGUGCACAUUGCUGUAAUGAGUUCUAACUUACAUACCCCUACAUUUGCACAAAAUCAGUAUGAAGUGGAGCUCUCAGAAAAUUCCCCUGUGCAAACACUGGUGACUGAGCUUAAUGCUGUAGAUAAAGACACAGGGAUUUAUGGACAGGUCACUUACCAUAUUCUUAAUGAAUUUGCAAAGGACAUCUUUUACAUUAAUGAUAAAGGACAGUUGUUUACAACAGAAAAGCUAGACAGAGAAGGCCCUACUGGCAAAGUCAUCCCUAUAAGUAUAAUGGCUAAGGAUGGUGGCGGAAAAGUCGGAUUCUGUGUUGUCAAUAUCAUUCUAACAGACUUCAAUGAUAAUGAUCCAAAAUUCCGCUCUACUGAGUAUAAAGUAAGUAUUCCAUCAGAUGUCCCCCGAGGCACUUCGAUUGUUAGAAUUCUGGCUUCUGAUACUGAUGAAGGGGCAAAUGCUGAUAUAGUGUAUACCCUUGAAGCCAGAUCUGAAAGUGAGGAAGAAAAUUUUGAAAUCAACCAAUAUUCUGGCAUCAUAACCACAAAAGAAAGCUUGGUUGGGUUAGAAGAUCAAGUCUUCCAAAUUUUUGUUAAAGCAUCCGAUGGAGGCUCACCACACAGAGAAAGUAUUGUUACUGUCACUGUUAGAGUUCUUCCACCUGAAGUGCAGUUGCCAAAGUUUUUAGAGCCUUUUUAUACUUUAAGUAUAUCUGAAGAUACUUCAAUUGGCACAGAGCUUGAUUUCAUCCGGGCAGAAAGUAGUCAACCUAUAAUAUAUCAUCUUAUAAAGGGAAACACACCUGAAAGUAACGUUGAUGACAUUUUUGUGAUAGAUAAACAGAAUGGCCGACUAAAACUUGAAAAAGGCUUGAAUCAUGAAGUCACAAAAUGGUACCAGUUUUCAGUGGUGGCUCAAAAUAUUCAUGGGGACCAUGAGGUGAUGUCCUCUGUUGAUGUUAAUAUCCACGUUAAGGAUGCUAAUGACAAUAAGCCUGUUUUUGAGGCAAAUCCUUAUGAGGCUUUCAUUGUUGAAAACCUUCCUAGGGGAGCUAAGGUCAUCCAGGUUAAAGCUGUUGAUGCCGAUUCAGGACUCAAUGGACAUGUUUCCUAUGUGCUGGCACCUACACAGGACCCUCAGGAAAUUAAAGAUCUUUUCUCAGUAGACUUGGAAACUGGCUGGGUGACUACUCUUGGUGAGCUUGACCAUGAAAGAAGGAACAAGUACAACAUUAUAGUGGUUGCCUAUGAUCACGGUGAUAAAGCGCUGUCAUCAUCUACCAUAAUUGAAGUCACCGUGAUGGACGUGAAUGAUAAUCCGCCACGCUUCAGUGCAGAAAUAUACAAAGGCACAGUCAGUGAAGAUGACCCUCCAGGUGGAGUAAUUGCCAUCCUGAGUACAACAGAUGAUGACACCGAGGAUAUACAUAAAGAAGUCACAAUGUAUAUUACAGGAGGGGAUCCUCUAGGGCAAUUUGCUAUAGAAAACUUACAGCAGGAAUGGAAGGUGUAUGUUCGAAAACCACUUGACAGAGAAGUAAAGGACAAUUAUCUAUUAAACAUUACUGCUACAGAUGGAAUAUUUGCUAGCAGAGCAGUGGUGGAAGUCAAGGUCCUCGAUGCCAAUGACAAUAGCCCAGUUUGUGAAAAGGAUUCUUAUUCUGAGACCAUAUCUGAAGAUGCCCUUUCUGGGAAACUAAUUCUUCAGGUUUCGGCCAGCGACGCAGACAUUCGUUCUAAUGCCGAGAUCAUUUACACAUUGCACGGACCCGGAUCAGAGAAAUUUCACCUCAAUCCAUUUACAGGCGAAUUAAAGACCUCAUCACUUCUUGACCGAGAGAUCCAGGAAAUCUACCACCUCUCAGUAAAAGCAACAGAUGGAGGUGGUCAUUUCUGUGAAAUCAACGUGGAACUGAUAUUAGAAGAUGUGAAUGACAAUGCUCCUGAGUUCUCUGCUGAUCCUUACACAGUCACUGUGUUUGAGAAUACCGAACCCAAGACCCCAGUCACCAGAGUGCAGGCAAUUGAUGCUGAUGCAGGACUUAAUCAGAAAGUACAAUAUUCUUUAGUCAACUCAGCAGAAGGUCAAUUCUCCAUAGAUGAAACAUCUGGAAUUAUUAGUCUGGAAAAACCUCUCGAUCGGGAGACUCAAGCAACUUACACUCUGACUGUUAGAGCGACUGACCAAGGCUUACCUAGAAAGCUUUCUUCUGUUGCCAGUGUUGUGGUCUCAGUCCUAGACAUAAAUGACAAUCCUCCCAUCUUUGAACACCGAGAAUAUACAGCAACUCUACCAGAAGAUGUUGAAGUUGGCACAGAAGUUCUCCAGGUGUAUGCCACAAGCAGAGAUAUUGAAGCUAAUGCAGAAAUUUCAUAUCAGAUUGUCAGUGGCAAUGAACAUGGAAAAUUCAGUAUAAAUCAAGUUACAGGUAUCCUCUUUGUAAUUGAAAGCCUGGACCAUGAAACCUCAGCAGAGUAUUAUUUGACAGUAGAGGCCACAGAUGGCGGUACACCUCCUCUUAGUGAUGUUGCCACUAUCAGCAUUAACAUUACAGAUAUCAAUGACAACUCACCAGUUUUCAGCCAGAGCUCAUACACUGCUGUGAUUGGUGAAGAUGCGGUAUCCGGGCAGCCUGUCUUGACGGUUGUUGCAGACGAUGCCGAUGGACCUUUGAACAGCCACAUCCGCUACACAGUUACAGAUGGCAAUCUGGGGAAUACCUUUAUCAUUGAUCCUGUAAGAGGGGAAGUUAAAGUUAAUAAACUUUUAGAUAGAGAGAAGAUUUCUGGUUACACUUUAACUAUUCAAGCAGAAGAUAAUGGAAAUCCACCUAAAAAGAACACCACAAGAGUGAACAUUGAUGUGUCUGACGUCAAUGACAACCCUCCUAUGUUCUCUAAGGAGAAUUACAGCAUUAUUAUUCAAGAAAAUAAGCCCAUUGGCUUUAGCGUUGUGCACUUGGUGGUGACAGACAAGGAUUCGUCUCACAACGGCCCGCCAUUCACGUUUACCAUUCUGAGUGGAGACGAAGAUAAUACUUUUCAGAUUAACCAGCAGGGAGUAAUAACCACUGCAGCUGCAUUGAACCGGAAAACCAAUGAUCACUUCUUACUUCAGAUUAAGGUGACAGAUAGCGGUAAACCACAACUAUCAUCAGUCAACAAUGUGGAUGUGCGAGUCAUUGAAGAAAGUAUCUACCCUCCGGCCAUUUUACCCCUGGAAAUUUAUAUUACAACAUUUGGGGAAGAAUAUGCAGGUGGGGUGAUAGGAAAGAUCCAUGCAACAGACCAGGAUGUUUACGACACACUGACUUAUAGUUUAGAUUCCAAAGUAGAAAAUCUCUUUUCAGUUUCAAGCACCGGAGGAAAACUGAUAGCACACAAGAGAUUGGACGUGGGCCAGUAUCUGCUAAAUGUCAGUGUAACGGAUGGAAUGUUUACAACCUCAGCUGAUAUAACUGUUCACAUCAAGCAGAUAACGCAAGAACUGCUAAAUCACAGCAUCACUUUCCGCUUUGCAAACCUUUCUCCGGAAGAAUUCAUUGGAGAUUAUUGGCGCAAUUUCCAGAGGACCCUAAAAAAUAUUUUUGGCGGGCGCAAAAUGGAUGUUCAAAUUGUGAGCCUGCAACCAUCCGAUCAACCGCAAAACCUGGACGUAUUGCUGGUUGUAGAUAAAUCAGGCAGCACACAUUUUCUACCUAAGCAUCUUAUCCAAAAAAUUAAUACUUCAGUUACCGAAAUUGAAGACUUCAGCGGCGUCAAAAUCCUUGCGGUCUUCCACAAGCUUUGCACCGAUGUGGACUGUCCCCUGAGAUUCUGUGAUGAGAAGAUCACUGUAGAUGAUAAUGUCAUGUCAACACACAGCACGGCCCGGCUCAGCUUCGUGACACCAAAACAUGUGCGGAAAGCUGUGUGCUUGUGCAAAGCAGGAAAAUGUCCUAUUGUAUACACGAUUUGUGAAGAAAAUCCGUGUCCGGAGGGUAUGGAAUGUACUGCAGAUACCAAAGAAGAUACAUACAAGUGUGUGUGCCCUGCAGGCCAACAGUGCAAUGUUGGCUCAUCAGUCACCUUUACUGGCAGCAGCUAUAUAAAAUACAGACUGCUGGAAAACGAGAACAAGGAAGAAAUGAAACUGACCAUGAAACUCAGAACGUAUUCUGCACAUGCAGUUGUCAUGUACGCCAAAGAAACCGACUAUAGUAUUCUUGAGAUUAAUGGUGGAAAGCUUCAGUAUAAAUUUGAUUGUGGUAGCGGUCCUGGAAUAGUGUCUGUUCAGAGCAUCCAUGUCAAUGAUGGACAGUGGCACACAGUGUCACUAGAGGUUGAUGGUAACUAUGCUAGACUGGUCUUGGAUCGCGUGCAUACUGCAUCCGGAACUGCACCAGGAACACUGAGAACACUCAACCUUGAUAACUACGUCUAUUUUGGAGGUCACAUUCGUCAGCAAGGUUCUAAACAUGGAAGAAACCUGCCGGUUAUCAAUGGAUUUAGAGGUUGCAUGGACUCUGUUUUUCUCAAUGGCCAGGAGCUCCCUCUUCAUUCAAAGUCAAAAAGCUUGGUACAUGUGGAAGAAUCUGUGGAUAUUUCUCUAGGAUGUUCACUGACCACCGCUGAUGCCUGCUCUGCCAAUCCUUGCCACAAUGGUGGAGUAUGCUCCCCCUUGCCCAAUGGAGGCUACUACUGUAAAUGCACAUCAAUGUUCAUGGGCACACACUGUGAGAUUGCCAUCAAUCCUUGUGCCACCAACCCAUGCCUGUAUGGGGGAACAUGCAUUGUGGUGAAGGAUGAUUUUUUCUGUAAAUGCAGAGGGGAAUACAGCGGCGAGAGGUGUCAGUUGGGUCCAUACUGCAAAGACAAUCCAUGCAAGAAUAGUGGUAAAUGCAUAGACAGUUUAGAUGGUCCAGUAUGUGAAUGUGAAUCUGGUUUCCAUGGAGAAAGGUGCAUGGUAGACAUUGAUGAAUGCCAAGAUAACCCAUGUACUAAUGGUGCCCUGUGUGAAAAUACCUAUGGCUCUUACAAUUGUACCUGCAGUAAUGGAUAUGGUGGAAAGCACUGCACAGACAUUGCCCUCAAUAAAUAUGUCUCAACCUCCUGGAAUAUCAGCCUCGCUGAGGUCAUUGGGAUCAUUGUGUUCAUAGCAGGGAUUUUCUGUCUUGUUGUGAUCUUUGUUGUCUGUCGAAUAGUAGCCAGUAAAAAGAAAAAGAAGAGACAGCAGGAACCUGAAGACAAACACUGCGGGACUACUUCAGCAUUUUUACAGAGACCAUUUUUAGAUCCUAAAGUGAACAAAAAUAUCUACUCAGAUAUUCCACCACAGGUGCCAGUUAGGCCCAUAUCCUACACUCCAAGCAUUCCAAGUGACUCUAGAAAUAACCUGGACCGCAAUUCCUUUGAGGGAUCCACCAUUCCAGAGCAUCCAGAGUUCAGCACUUUCAAUCCAGACUCUAUGCAUGGACACAGAAAGGCAGUAGCGGUUUGUAGCGUUGCUCCAAAUUUGCCACCUCCACCUCCAUCCAAUUCUCCAUCUGACAGCGACUCCAUACAAAAACCAAGCUGGGAUUUUGACUAUGAUGCAAAAGUUGAUCUUGACCCAUGUCUUUCAAAGAAAUCUCUGGAUGAAAAGUCCUGUCAUCUUUAUAAUCCUCGGGAGAGCAUGUCUGAGAUUCAGUCCCUUAGUUCCUUUCAGUCGGAAUCCUGUGAUGAUAAUGCUUCCAUUGUGACAGUAAUACACCUUGUCAAUGCUGUUGUUGACUCGGUGCAAAAUGAAGAGUCUUUUGCAGUUCCUGAAGUCAGGAAUUCAAGAGGUUAUCACUGGGAUACUUCAGACUGGAUGCCUAGCGACCAACUCCCGGAUAUUCAGGAAUACCCUCAUUAUGAAGUUGUUGAAGAACCUGUUCCUCAAUACACGGACCCAAAUGCCAUUGACACAGAUUACUACCCUGGUGGCUACGACAUAGAGAGUGACUUCCCACCUCCGCCUGAAGACUUUCCUUUACCAGAUGAACUUCCACCUCUGCCACCUGAGUAUGCCGAACUGUUCGAUACCAUGCAGCCACCAAAGGAUAUGGCUACCAUAGGCAGCUUGGGUUCCUCCACAAAAAGUAGUCAGAGAUACAACCUGAAUAAGUACCUUCCACAUCACCAAUAUCCAGUGAGUAAGUCAGAACCUCAAAGCACCACCAGUGGAGACGGCAAUAGUUACAGAGAGCCUUACGCUGCUUCCUACAUGUUAGGGUACGGUAGAGACUUUCAAGUCCCCAUGGUGGACAACAUGUCCAUGUCAGGAUACACCUCUGCAGCUUCAUGCACUGAUGUGUCUGCAUGCUGUGAAAUGGAAUCUGAGGCCAUGAUAAGUGACUAUGAGAGCGGAGACGAUGGACACUUUCAAGAUGUGACAAUUCCACCUCUAGAUUCCCAACAUCACACGGAAGUUUAACACCAUAAAAAGUGCCUGGACAUUUGUCAGCUUUGCAACAUUUCAUAGAAAAGUUAUAUCUAUUCAUUAUGUAUUAUUGUUUUCAUUUUUUGUUUUAUGUAGUGUUUACUUUUAUUUUUUUUUUUUAUAAUUUGAAGACAUCUAUAUGGUAUAGCCGCAGUGCGUCAUGCCAAGUUAUAAUAGCGUGGACAAUGUAUUUCAUUCCUGGAUUUACGAUAAUGAAGACAAAUAGACCAUUUGGGUAGGCUAAUUCCACUCCACUUUUUUAUUAUUAUUUUUUUGUUUGUUUGUUUCUCAUUUUAAGAAAACAUACCACUGCAUCAUGGCAGCAUGGCAUCUGUAUUUAUAAAGUGUGAAGCAUCAUUUUAACUUCUUUUCCAGAUGUAAAUGUAAUGUACAGUUUUGAUUUCAAUAGCAUUAGAUUUUGUAGAUAUUUUGUGGAUUUAUUUUUCUUUUUAACCAUGAAAUAUUUUAACGUAUGCCCUUUCUACUAGGUUAGCAUAUUGUUCCAAGACCCAGGGCUUUACUGUAUCUCUAUUCCACUGAGGUUUUGACUUCUGAAUUUCCAGGUACAUCAGCAGUAACACCUGUAUAUAAUUGAGAGUAAACCUGAUGCUGCAAAGCCACAGCAAGAAAUAUCUUUAUCUGAGAGUGUUUUAGAUUAUUUUUCCCUUCAUGGAAAAAAUGUAAUGGGGACCCACUGCAUACCUGUUUAGAACCAAAAUCACCAUGACACGGUUUUUAUUGUGUCUGUAUAUUUGUGAUGCAAUGGUCUUGUAAAGGUUUUUACUGAAAACUACCAUUAGCCAGUCUUUCUUACUGACAAUAAAUUAUUUAAAAAAAAUA